AUGGUUGAUCCGGCGAAUACCGUUGGAAUCCCGAUUAACCACCUUGCAUUGCUGAAGGAUGAGCUCGACAUCGUCAUCCCUACGAUCCGUAACCUGGAUUUCCUCGAGAUGUGGAGGCCUUUCCUCCAGCCGUACCAUCUGAUCAUCGUCCAGGACGGAGAUCCGUCGAAGACCAUUGCUGUGCCUGAAGGGUUCGAUUACGAGCUCUACAACAGGAACGACAUCAACCGUAUCCUCGGCCCCAAAGCUUCCUGCAUUUCCUUCAAGGACUCUGCCUGUCGCUGCUUCGGCUACAUGGUCUCCAAGAAGAAGUACAUCUUCACCAUUGACGACGAUUGCUUCGUUGCAAAGGAUCCAUCUGGCAAAGCUGUGAACGCUCUUGAGCAACACAUCAAGAACCUUCUGUGCCCAUCAACACCAUUCUUCUUCAACACCUUGUACGAUCCAUACCAGGAAGGUGCUGAUUUCGUCCGUGGAUACCCUUUCAGUCUCCGUGAGGGUGUCUCCACUGCUGUCUCCCAUGGUCUCUGGCUCAACAUCCCUGAUUACGAUGCCCCAACCCAACUCGUCAAGCCUAAGGAGAGGAACACUAGGUAUGUGGAUGCUGUGAUGACCAUCCCAAAGGGAACACUAUUCCCAAUGUGUGGCAUGAACUUGGCCUUUGACCGUGAGCUCAUCGGCCCGGCUAUGUACUUUGGUCUCAUGGGUGAUGGUCAGCCUAUUGGUCGCUACGACGAUAUGUGGGCUGGAUGGUGUAUCAAGGUGAUCUGUGACCAUUUGGGAUUGGGAGUGAAGACGGGUCUGCCCUACAUUUACCACAGCAAGGCGAGCAACCCAUUUGUGAACCUGAAGAAGGAGUACAAGGGAAUCUUCUGGCAGGAGGACAUCAUUCCUUUCUUCCAGAGCGCAAAGCUCUCCAAAGAAGCCGUGACUGUUCAACAGUGCUACUUGGAGCUGUCCAAGCUGGUGAAGGAGAAGCUCAGCGCCAUUGACCCUUACUUUGACAAGCUUGCUGAUGCUAUGGUCACUUGGAUUGAAGCUUGGGAUGAGCUUAACCCGGCCACUAAAGCUUGA